AUGGGUAUUUCACGUGACAGCCGUCACAAACGCCGUUUAACCGGUGGCCGCUAUCCAGUUCAUAAAAAGAAACGCAAAUAUGAACUCGGAAGACCAUCGUCGAAUACAAAACUAGGUUCAAGAUUAGUAAGAAAAGUUAGAUGCAGAGGAGGAAACCUAAAAUUCAGAGCAUUGCGUUUAGACUCGGGAAAUUUCUCGUGGGGAUCACAAAAUGUGACUCGUAAAACUAGAGUAAUGGACGUUGUAUAUAAUGCAAGUAGUAAUGAAUUGGUACGUACCAAAACAUUGGUCAAAAACGCAAUCGUAACGGUGGAUCCAACACCCUUCAAACUAUGGUUUAAGACACACUAUGGAGUCGAACUUGAAGAUCCUCAAGCAUCUGAGAAGGUUGCAGGACUGGUACCCAAAACACUCUUGGAACAGUUUUCAUCUGGACGCCUCCUGGCUUGUAUCAGCUCCAGACCCGGCCAAUGUGGAAGAUGUGAUGGCUAUGUACUGGAAGGUGAAGAGUUAAACUUCUAUCGUAGACGUAUGGAUAAGAAGAAACGCGUUUAA